GUACUGUUCGUGGUGGUGGUGGACUAGGCAGAUGUUGACAGAAUCACACGUGCAGGAGAGAGGGAGGGGGCAAAACCAAAAAAUUUGGACGUCCUGGCCUGGUCUGUGUGUUUCAAAGUAAAGAAGACACUGUGGUUCGCACCCACGGCGCAAAGAGCUUGCCCGGUGCGGCCUUUUUCAAAAAAGAGGGCAGGGCAUCGCCCUGUCCUUCGGGGCGCUAGUACCUGCUUCCUCCGACUUCAAAUCCGACCAGAUUUUCAAUUGCUUGGGCAGCCACAUGGAAGCAACGGCAACGUGCCCUUUGACACACUGACGAUGGCCGCUCAACGUCCGCCAGUUGUUCCAAAUAUAGAGCCGUCGCCGACGACUUCGAUCACUUAUCAACUCAAAAUGGCGACGAAAUUGGCGCAGCGCCAGGAGCGGGCGCAGGAGGCAUCUCUCGAGUCGGCGACGGUCGAAAUUACGCAGGUGUGCCGCGUCGGCCACACGACCGCAGCGAUCACGUUUUACAACAUGGACAUUUCAUUCCCCCGCACGCAAAACAAGUGGACGAUCUCAAAACGGUACUCGGACUUUUACAACCUGCGUCGCACCCUCGGCCAUCUCGUCCAACAGACACACAGACAGCAUUCGCACUGGCUCCCGGUGAAGCUCGUGUCGGACGCUACGUCAGCAGCGUUCCCGCGGCGGCACCUCCGCCGCGACAACCUUGCCAUCAUCCACGAACGGCGCACGGCGCUCCAGACGUUUGUUCAAGCGCUGGUCAAAAUCAUGUGCAGCUUUCCCCCCAACGUGAAACUACACGGCCCCCUCGCCACGCUGCACAUGUUACUUCAGGAAUUUCUCCAGUUUCCCGACGAACAGCUCCACAAACACGCGAAGCAAACUCUGGCGAUCCUGGCGCUCGAAGACGUCGUUGUCGGCAGCAGCACGAGCGAGAUUCACACGGACGCAAGUUCGAGCGAAUGCUGUAGCAUCUGCCUGGGCGAGUGGAACGAAGACGAAUGCGCAAACAUGCACGUGGUCAAACUCCCGUGCUCACACGUCUUCCAUGAGGAAUGCGUCAUCGAUUGGCUCGGGGUUAGCUCGGAGUGCCCUCUCUGCCGAGCAGAAGCGGCAACGUUAAGAUCAUAGUUUCAUUAGCCACUCACUAUCUUUAGUUGAGACGCACACAACGCCUUCCCUCGUUACAGCGGCCAACCAGGGCGAUGAUGUCGUUCGUUGGAUGCCUUGCAGAGCGAAGGACGCUGCCGGCAUUCUGCCUGUACAGCACAACUGCAAUCCAUCGCUGAAACUAAUCGGGUCGACUCUCGACAUUGCGACGGAAGCGUCGACGCCCCGCGCUACUUACUGCUGCUCUCUCUCUCGACCGGUCGAAGGGCCGUGUCCUGAAAUACUGGACUCAAGUCAACGCAAAAGCCUCGCGCAAUCCAAAGCGCAGAGUAAAAUAGACACUGCAGGCAGCUCUCUCCACUCUAUCGUCGCUCCAUCGUUUGCACCCCACAAUA